AUGGUUUCUGUGCUCACCUAUAUGCAUUGCUUCAGCAGUCCGUACGUUGUUUCUUCUGGAAACAAGAUAGCAGAAGAGCAGGAGGCAGUGCCUGCUUCGACUCACGUCGUGUCAACCCUGGGUAUUAACCCCCACGUCUUGCAGCUGAGUAUUAUGAAAGCUUCCUUGCUUCCUGAUGGAGACGACCUAGGUUUGAUCCUGGAUCAUUAUCCUGGGAAGCAACCAAUGAGAACAGCUGGUGUCUGCAGGCAGGAGUGACGUGUGCCUCUGGAAAACUCCAUCACCUACAGAAUGGGGAAGCCACUGAUGGAUAUGGCACUCUUCAUGGGGCGCUCGUUUGGUAUUGGUUGGGGACCCAACUGGACACUUAAUGAUGUGCUCUCACAGAAUGUACAGGGUGUGAUAAAACUCUCACAAUCCUCUUUCAAGGUUCACGUGGAGAAGCUGAGCUUAGAACAAUGGAAGAUAGGCAGAGACAAAGAGCUGUAUCUCAUCCCUCUGGAGAUAAAGCUGAAACGGGGCACUGUCCAUCUGGAUGAACAGCGUCCUCUUCUGGUGCCCAACCCAGGAGCUUCUGCUAUUCAUGACUAUGCUGACUGGCUUAGGAAGGCAGCCGAGGAUCCUGCUGUGACAGCAAGUGGUGUGAGGCCCUGGUGCUUGGCAUGGGCUUUAUGUGAAGCACUUUGGGGGAACAGAGAGUCAGAGAUGAGCUUGGAGGAGCCCAGUGAAUACAUCAUGGCCCUGGGGUGCAGGAAAGCCUUCUCUCACUGGCUGUCAGAGACUGCUGCGGGACGGAUCGAGGAGGAAGUCCCUUUGUCCUGGCAUGGUAGUGAUGUCGAGGCUGGGAAGAGAAUUGGUGAAGCUUGCAGGCUGGCACAGCAGUCAGGUGACCACAGGCUUGCUGUGCUCCUCUCCCACCUGGCAGGUAGCCAGCCUGGUCAGGACCUCCUGGCUGUGCUACUGGUGGACUGGCACAGGCUGCAAGCAGACUGCUUCAUCCAGGAGGAGAGUCAGGAGGAGAGGCUGCGGGUCUUUGCCCUGCUUGCAGGAAAGCCUGUGUGGCAGUUAUCAGGGAGAAUAAGUAUCAAUGUGUGCUCACUGAUGGACUGGAAGCGUUGCUUGGCUGUCCACCUCUGGGAUCUGCUUCCUCCAACAGCUUCUACUUCCAAGGCAUUUGCCAUGUACGAGUCAGCGUUUCAGAACACAGCAGAGUGUGAAAACUAUGCCUGCUGUCCUCCGCCCCCUUACCUCGAGGGUUCUGGUUGUGUGGUUGAAGGAGACGAUGAUGCAGGAAGACCUCUGAGAGAUGUCUGCUUCCGUUUGUUAAAGCUCUACAGUGACAG